UGAUAUGGGACGAUAAACUCACAUUUAGUUCAUUUUGUGAACUAACUCUUCUCGUAGUGAAAAAUUGUGAAAGACUUCUGAAUGUUUUCUCAUUUCAUAUGACGCAAAGACUUGGCAAACUCGAAAAUCUUCAAAUAUUGAACUGUGAAUCCUUGGUAGAAGUAAUUGGACUUGAUCAUGGACUCAAUUCCACUGAAUCAACCACCAUGUUUAUAUUUCCUAAAAUAAGAUUCUUGAUACUUCAGUGGCUACCCAAAUUGAAGAAUUUCUACUCCAAGUUGCAUGCUACAAGAUGGCCAUCCUUACAACAAUUGGAGGUGAGAGGAUGCGACAACGUGGAGAUAUUAGCUAGGGAGUUAUUGAGCUUUUCAGAAACAUUUGGAGAGAGUCAACUGGAAAUUAUCCCUUCUAAACAACCCUUGUUUUGGGUCACUAAGGAUACAUUCCCCAAUUUAAAAUGCUUACUUUUGGGAGCAAAUGGCUUUAUGACGGAGAUAUGCCAUGGACAACUUCCAGCCCAAUAUUUUUGCCAACUAACACAUCUUGGGCUCAGAAAUAUUCCCAAUAUAUCAGCAACUAUUCUAAACAGUUUCAUUCAGUCUUUACCAAAUCUUGGAUCACUUGUUGUGAGCGAAGCUCCCUUCAAUGAAAUAUUUCAAUGCGAAGGGCUGGAGGGUGAGGAGGAACAUCCAGGGGCACCUGCUGGGUUGACUGAAUUAAAACUGAUAGAACUUCCUGAGUUGACACAUCUUUGGAAGGAAGAAUACCAAGUUGGAGAAGUUUUCAAUAACCUGAGAAUUCUAGAAGUGCGGAAAUGCGACAAAUUGAAGAAUUUAGUGCCAUCUUCUGUGCUUAAAAACUUAGUAGCACUGCCAACGGCAAAAAGCAUGAUGGUACUCAAAGCAAUGAGUAUCACUGAUUGCCAAAUGAUAGAAGAAAUCAUAGCUCAUGGAAGUGAUGAUGUGAUGGAUGGCAUCGUGUUCUCCCAACUGCAGUAUUUGGAACUUGGUUGUCUUCCAAGCCUAUCAAGCUUCUGUUCAGGGAACUAUGCUUUUGUAUUCCCUUCCUUGAAAGGGGCGUUGGAAGGCAACCUCAAUGCCAUUGUUCAGCAGUUAUUUACAGAAAAGAUGGAAAUUUUGACUAUGGGAGAGUUGAGCACACCAAUGCUGCGGGGAAUACAAUCAACCGAAGGUGAAUAUGUAGGGCAUUGGGAAGGCAACCUCAAGGCCAUUGUUCAACAGUGGUCAGAAAUGGUUUUUCCAACCUUGGAGGAUUUGGAGCUGUCCUCAAUCAACAUUCAGAGAAUCUGGCAUAAAAAACUUCUGGCAACACCUUCUUGUGCUCAAUAUUUAACAUGCUUAACUAUCGAGGGCUGUCACAAUUUAAACUGCCUAUUCUCGUCCUCAAUGAUGGAAAGUUUUGUGCAACUCAAGAGGCUUAACAUUGAGAAUUGUGAGAAUGUAGAAAAAGUAAUCUUGACAGAAGGAUUAGCCAAAGAAGAACUGAUGAGCCAAAAGUUGUUCUGUACACUAGAAUUCCUCUUGCUUAAAGGCCUUCCCAAACUGACGAGAUUCUGCCAUGGAAGUUACUUUGAAUUCCCCUUGUUGAGAAUUCUUAGGAUAGAGAGUUGUCUUACUUUAGAUACGUUUGUCUCUGAUGCAGAAGGAAACAACUCAGAGAUUGCCUCUCCAACUCUUUUCAAUGAAAAGGUGGCAUUCCCUUGCUUAAAGGAAUUGAGCAUCAUAGGUGUGGGAAACUGGAGAAAGAUAUGGCACAACGAGUCAACCAACUCCGUGAGGAUUCAUUUUGCAAAUUCCUAAAACUUCAGUAGUUGUUUGAUUGUAAAAGACUCGAAUACUUUUUUUCAUUUAAGUUUGUGAGACACUUAAGGCUCAAUCAUGUUCCUUCAAUUUAAGUGAGAAAUCAGAUGGUAAAUAAAAUUUUCACUUCCAU